AUAAAAACUUGGCUGACAGUUAAUUUUUAGUAACAAGUUGAAGUAGACAACAAAGGAGACAAAAAGGGAGAAAACAAAGAAACAAAUAAUAAAACAACAACAUAAAUAGGGAGCACAAAGUGAAGACAAAACGCCAAAAGCUGCGUUGUUGACUUGCCUUUUCCCGUUGUCUCUCUGACUCUUUCUCUCUGUCUCUCUCUCUCUCUCUCUCUCUAUCGCAGUCUUUCUCUGUAUUUACCGGACGGAUUGCAUUGAGUUGUAACGUAUGAUGCUUGUGUGGCGAAAAUAGAAAUCAGAGAGAAAACGGAAACGGAAACUGCAAUAUAAACCGCCUUAGCAACAAAGACAGAGAGAGAGAGCAACGCUGCUGCCUGCGCCAUUAUUCACCAUAUCCCAUAUCCAGAAAGAGGAAGCCUCACCCUCACAUCCCCAAAAAACGCCUUAUUCAAAUACAACGACCAGUAAAAGACGAGAAGAGAAGGGAAGAUUACCACAAACAGCAGUAGCAGCAGCAGCGAUAGAAGCACCGCCAAUACCACCGCCACCACAACAACAACAACAACAACAAGAACAAGAACAAGCAACCACUACUACUACUAAUAAUAAUACUAUUACAACUACUACUACUACAACCACAACAACUAUUUCUAUAUAAUAAUAGUAUCAUGUCAUCGCCUAGUGCUGGCAAGCGACGCAUGGAUAAUGACGUCAUCAAGCUAAUUGAAUCGAAACACGAGGUCACCAUACUUGGUGGCCUUAACGAGUUCCAUGUGAAAUUCUUUGGCCCAACUGGCACACCAUACGAGGGCGGCGUAUGGAAGGUGCGCGUCUAUUUGCCCGAUAAUUAUCCAUUUAAAUCGCCAAGCAUCGGUUUUGUUAACAAAAUCUAUCAUCCAAAUAUUGACGAAUCAUCGGGCACUGUGUGCCUCGAUGUGAUCAAUCAGGCAUGGACUGCUUUAUAUGAUCUAUCCAAUAUAUUUGAGUCAUUCUUGCCCCAAUUGCUCACAUAUCCGAAUCCCGUUGAUCCAUUAAAUCGGGAUGCAGCCGCCUUGUACCUGCACGAGCCGGAGGAAUAUCACCGCAAGGUGGCCGACUAUGUGCAACGUUAUGCCACCGAAGAUGCGCUGCGGGCGGCGCAACAGGAGCGCGAGAGCAGUGAUAGCGAGUCCAGCAUGUCGGACUAUAGCGAGGAUGAGGCCAGAGAUAUGGAGUUAUAAUAUCGGUUUAACUGUCCACCACAACAAUUACCAUUAAUUUUAACGACAGCCUAAAGCUUAAAAAUAAUAACAACAACAACAACAGCAGCAAUAUUUCUAUAUAU